AGCUCAUGGCACAGAGAGGAGGGGAUCAAGGUGUCUAAAAGGCUGCCAGUGUAUCAGGAAAUGCUCAAACUCCAUGAAAAACUCGAGUCAGACGUCUUGCUUUUGGAAAACAAGAUAUAUGAGAUGGAAGGAAAUUAUUUGGCUGCUACUGCUGAUGUCGGAAACAUGAUUAAAGGAUGGGAAGGUUACAUCUCGUCCGCCACUAAGACAAGGCGUCCAGCUGCCAAAGCAGCAGGUAGUGCAUCUAGCAACCAGGAGCGGCUGUUUUCUCUCACUAGCACUACAAGUCGUGCGUCUCGCGAGCUCAGCACAUGGGCUAGCGUGGAAGACUCAGAGAGACAGCUCAUGGGAUCGUCGGGAGGAAAAGGAUGGAACAACGGCGCGGCGUCGCAGGUUUCCAACAGUCGGAAUUCCGCCUGCAGUACAAAUGUGAAGUGUGCAAAAAAGCCGCCCUCUCGUACAGGUAGCUCCUCCAAUGCAUCCAAGGGCAUUUCAGGGGGCCGUCAUUCCUCUGGAACUGGUGGCGGAUCUACAUCUGCCGUAAGCCAGAAGGCGUGCGGGGGAGCAGUUACCGGCGAUGCACCAAUAGGCAGUGCUUGCCACGGUCGCAUGUGA